AGCGGUGGUGGCUGCGGGCUGGCGAACGAGCAGAGAGGACCAGGGGGAAACUGACAGUGACAGUGACAGCCAAGCCGCCCUGGGAACGCGGAAGCAAAUAUACUGGAGGGAGGGAGAGGAGAGGAGAGGAGGAGUAAAGCCGGCGACGGGCUGGAAAGACGUUUGACCCUGACCCUGGACUCGGUGUGGGUGGAAAGCAUCCUCUGGAAGCAUGCCCACUAUUGGAGACUUAAACCAGGAUGUCCUGACGGUGCUCCUCUCCCAUGUCCCUGCGAGAGAAUUAGUCCUGACGUGCCGCCUGGUUUGCCGAGCGUGGAAGGACCUGGUGGAUAAAGUACACAUCUGGAAAAGGAAGUGCCUUCGUGAAGGAUAUUUCAGAAGGGGCUGGGAUACAUUCCCAGAGAACUGGAUGAAAUAUUAUUUCCUCCGCCCUUUAAUGAGAAAUCUGCUUAGAAAUCCCUGCGCAGAAGAACGAUUUCAGUUUUGGACCCUUGAUGAAAAUGGUGGGGACCUUUGGAAAAUUGAAAACUUGCCAGGAGAACAGUCAGCUAGCUUUCCUGACAGAAAUGUAAAACAAUUUUUUGUGACAUCUUAUGGCCUCUGCCGGAAAUCUCAGAUCGUUGAUCUAAUGGAAAAUGGAUGUUGGCGAAAAUUGCUUGAUGAAAUUCAACCGAAAAUUGUAGUGAGAGAUUGGUAUGCAGCGAGGAUGGACUGUGGCUGCACUUACAAGUUACAUGUGAAUCUGCUUUCUGAAAAGAAGGUCCCUCUCCAGAGCUACAAGUCUAACAAGAUUACAAUCCCCCAGUGGAGUGAUGCAACCUGGAACGAGAUGGUUCAUGUCUUCAAAGACUAUGGGCCCGGUGUUCGGUACGUUCACUUUUCACACGAGGGGCAAGACACACAGUUCUGGGCGGGCUGGUAUGGAAUCCGUGUCACCAACAGCAGCGUUACCAUCGAACCGUGAGCUGUAGGGACAGCAGGAUAUGGCCGGGCAUGAAGAGAUACGUCAGCAACAAGUUAACAAAAUGCAAAGAUAUCACGUGCUGUAAAUCCAAAUUAAAAACACCCAACAUUCAGCAGGUCAGCAGAAUCUGGGAAGGGAUCUAGUUUUUGCAGGGUCCCUGACCUGAGAUGUUAAUCCUGUUUUCCUUUCUUGCGUGUUGAGUGUUUCCAGCACUUUCUGACUUUAUUAAAAAGCUGAUUUGCAU